GCCUUCAUUUGUGUACUUUGGAGCAGCCAUGAACACAGUCGGCGGCGUUCACCGAGGCUACCUCAGGAAAUACGGGGGCUUCAUGUUCAAGCAGUGGAAAGACAAAUUCGUCGUUCUCAGCAUGGAGGGCAGCCUGCUGGUGUGUCGCGAUGGCGAGUCGCCGCCCGACCAAGUGGUGGAGCUGCAAAAUCAUUGCGAGCUAAUCGUGGAGGGCCGCGAGAUCUUGGACCUGCCAAGGCUGCCGGCGGGGGGCCGCAGAGACUGCUGCUUCGCCCUCAUCCUGCAGCAGAGCAAGUUCCUACUGAUGCUGGCAGACAACCCGGACGACUGCACUAUGUGGCUGAAGCUGAUAAGGAAAGUAAGAGAGGGCGUCAUGUCACCCGCAAGCCUGCAGAGGCAGCGCAGCAUCACCCGUUGCAUCACUGACAGGGAGCCUCUGCCCGACAACUCCAGCGACAAGGACCCCGGGUCGCCCCGGGCCGGUGAGGGGACCCCUCCGCCAUCGGCCCACGUCGCAGAAAGGGGCGGUUCACUGAGGGAGAGAAGCCAAGCAGGUGGGCCCCAUCGGCCCCUCCGCAGCGUCUCGGUGGCUCCCCCUCACCGGGUGUCGGAUUGUCUCCGCCACGGCAACAGCAGCGACGCCCGGGCGGUGCGGGCGGUCUGCCUGCUUAUGGGCGGGGCGGCGGCCUCCUCGGCCCUGGGCUACCUCAGCUCCUGCUCACCGCCAUCGCCUUCGGUGGGCAGGGCAGCCGACAUGGGCCACGUCCUCGGGGGCCCGGGGGUGUUCACGGAGAUGCCGGCCGGGGGUUCCUUUCAGGAUGUGGAUUCCGACACGCACUUCAACAGCUUCGACUUUGAGGGCGACUCCGACUUUGACGCCUUUGAUUGCGGAGGGUUUGCCUUUUGAAACCCUUACAAAAAAAUUGGUGUCCUUUUGGGAUAGGGGAGAACGGGGUUGGUCGUCACAUUUGCUAUAAAUCAACCAACAGAGGGCGAUAUUGUGCUAUAUUCCAUUUUGGGCCAGUCAAAAUGUUCAAAAAUACAAAGGAAAAACAUUAGUCUCCAUAUUUAAUAAACCCAUUUCUAUGAUUAUUAUUUAUGUUGUCAAUAAAAAACAGUAAAUACUAGGGGUGUAGCGGUGCACAAAAAUCUCGGCUCAGUACAUACCUCAGUUUUGAGGUCACGGUUCGGUUCAUUUUCGGUACGGUAAGAAAACAAAAUGCAAAAUAUAAAUGUGCUAGUUGUUUAUUACACACCUUUGUGCUUUCAACAACAGGAACAUUAGCCUAUACAAAGCUAGAAUUCUGCUCAAAAAGUAGCGCGUAUUUAAAGAUAAUCCAACAACAAUUUGCCUUUCAGACCCUGCGUAUUGGUCAGCUUUCUUUUUGAAAGAAAGAAGAAAAAAGAAGUCCUGUGCUAAAGGGAAAAGCAAUCCCAAUGACAAAGAUUUUAACAUGUAUUUUACAAAUGAAAUGCCUCAAUGAAUCUUUUUUUUUUCUUAUGAAAGGUUUUCAAAAGCUUUAUUGGUGGAUUUUCUCAAGUUAAAGCGCCACACAGAAAUUAAUAAAUUGUGUAAGCAGGAUCUGUAUUAUUCUUAUUAUUUAAUUAUAGGUGUUUUAGCUCAUUUCAAUUUAUUUUAUUUAAAUGGGCUAUUAUUUAUUUUAUUAUGUGUUUAUAUUUUAGUAGUAUUCAUUUAUAUUGUAUAUUUUAUGUUGUAUAACUUUAGUUCCUAUGUAAAUAUUAGUUCCUACUUGUUUUGUUGUGGUAGGAGGGUUUUGUAUUGAACACGGGGCCGUGUUGGUUAUUAUUAUAGCAGAGAAGACAGCAGUAAAUCAACAAAGACAAGUCAACUGUGCCCCGAUCUACCACUCAAGAGAUCUGAUGGACUCAAAAAGUGGAUUACGAUUGCAUAUUAGUUUGAAAAUCGACCGGAUCCACCAUAUUUUUACACGAGUGACUUCCGGUCUACCCGAUCCUAGCUACCGGUAGUAGUAUUGACGCAGGAGGGUCGCGUCUCGCGUCUAAUAAUAAACUCUGCCGUUCUUUUUGCGUGCGUUGUGUUGAGCUGCUUCUUGGACGUGUCUAACACGCGGCCGCUUAGUGAUUGGUGUGCAUUGGCUGAUUAGCUUUAACACCCGCGUUUCACUGCGUUGUCGCGCCGUUGACAUUUCUGGGUUAUAUACUGUCCUACCGUGUUGGUCCUCAUUACAGUAGAGAAGAUGGAGUAAAAAUAAUCAACACAAAGAAACUGUAACCCACGGGUGUCCAAACUUUUUGCAAAGGGGGCCAGAUUUGGUGUGGUAAAAAUGUGGGGGGCCGACCUUGGCUGACGUCCUUUACGUAGAACAAUAUGAGCAAAUUUUAGCAAGCCAUUCUGUGUGUCAUUGUUUUUUUUUAAUUGAUAAUUUCAACAAUCUCGCAACCUGCUUUUGAGGCGUUCUCUUUCGACUCUCAGGUUCUUGCGAAAUACUGCUGCUGUGAAAUUAAACUACCGGUAGCUUGAAGUUGCUUCAAUUUCUCACUACGUAUCUUCCCCGUAAUCUUGUCGUACAUGUCAGCAUGUCUUGUUUGGUAAUAUCGCCUCACAUUGAACUCUUUAAAAACAGCUACUGUCUCUUUGCAAAUGAGGCAGACAGAGUUGUUGUAUAUUGUAGUGAAGAAAUAGUCAAAUUUCCACCUAUACUUGAAGCGUCGGCCGUCGCAGUCAACUUUUUGUUGUUGUUGACUGUCACAAUUUUAGAAAAUUGGAAGUCAAGGGUCACACGGCGUAAUGUUCCCAAGAGUGCUGCUGCCUUUUAGUGGGUAAAUGAGGAGCAGCAUUUAGUGUGUAAGCUACUUCAUAUGCUGGUAGCAGUACUGCUGACCAAUUUAUUAAGUUGGUGUGCGGGCCAGACGUUAUUGAUCUUAUGACAGAGGCUGGGGGCCGGAUGAAAUUUGACCAUGGGCCGCAUUUGGCGCCCGGGCCGCAUUUUAGACACGUCUGCUGUAACCUGAUCGACUCACAACCUUGAAAAGUAAGGGUUACAUUACGUCAGAAACUCGUUCGGUACGCCUCCGUUCCGAACCGAGCACCACGUACCGAAACGGUUCAAUACAAAUACAUGUACCGUUACACCCUUAGUAAAUACAGUGCAAUUUUGGGACUACAGAAAUUUCUAGCGCUGUCAGUGGCACCCAAUGAGUUUAUUUGUACAGAUAGCCCCCGGGUUACGAACAAGUUCUGAUCAGACACUGGCGACGUAACCCGGAUUUCCGCGUAAAUCAGAACCCUUCAAGUACCCUUAAAUAUCCACUAAAUCUCGCAAUAAAUAGCCAAAAACAUGUAUUAUACAUCACCGUACUGUCAUGGCCAAGAUGUUGAAGCUAAAUCCUAGGUAGACACCGAGCUUAGCUCCGAAAUGACGAUGUCAGAUGUCCGUGCGGUGUGUUGAUUUUAUUCAGGUGCUUAUAACAUCAACACUUGCAGAAGUAAACUAAAAUAAAUAUGAAAUUAAAUCAGUUUCAUCUUCAAUAACAGCAGUUCAAAUGUGCGUUUAUUACUAGCUGCUGAUACAGCAGUAACAAUCCACAAAAACAAUUAGCAUGUACCAGUUAGUGUCCACACAUCAUCAAAAACAAUCAAAUAAACGCACCCCAAGUAUUUGACCACAAUAGAAAACGCACAAUAAACAGUACAAAAGCUGUUAUAUACAGGUGUUCCCUCUGUGGAUGCUUCACAAGCAACAAAUGUGCGCGCAGGUCUCUCUCUCACUCGUCUGCGCGACUUCUUCGUGGGAGCAAAUGCGCACAUGCGCUCUUACUCGCAUGUCAUUAGUGCUUCCUGCAACAAAAUAAAAGCAUGCAUCACAAACCAUAAGUCAACAUUAUUUAAUAAAAAAAAAAAAAAAACAAGACUCAAGCGUCGUAAAGUCAAAAAUCACUCAAGCUGGGUACGUCGUAACCUGGGGACUACCUGUAUAAGGACAAAGCUACAGUUUUAGAUGUGACAUAUUUAUGUCACACUGCGGUUGCCAUAGUGUGCACUUCCUGUGGGUGUGGUAUUACAGUAUAAAAAGGAAUUUCUGUUAUGUCUCUGUGACAUAUAUGAUGAGAAGCACACUGAAUAAAGAAGUGUUGUUCCAUUCAAGUCUCGGCCUUACAUGUACUUAGAUCAGGGAAGUACAUGACAAAAGUCAAAAAACACGAGUUGCACUGUAAAAUGAAAACUUCCAUGUAAUGAAUGACUAUUCUAAUACGUGUUGAUUGAAAGAUAUUGCUGAAUAGACAAAUAUUAUGACAACCAAACCGGUUCCCCUCUACAGUUAUUGGACCUCCUUGUUUUGAGAAGUGAUGUCUUGUUGAUACGUACCGCUGACUCGUUAACGAAUGACAUAGUUCUUCCUGGCUUAGUUGGCCAACGCUCCUCAGGUCAAUCAUUUGUGACACGUCCAUUCACUGGACCGGUCACCUGUCAAGUCAUAUUGUAAAAUAAACACAAACAUCAUUCAUGAUUAAAAAAAAAAAUUAAAAAAAGAACUUAAUACAGCUGUCAUUCAUGAUAUUUAUAAUAUAUAUGCAUUCCAAGCAUUGAACUCUUAAUUUUUUUUCCCUUUACUGUAAACCUAAUAACUGUCAAAUGUGCCCUCCACUAUUUUUUUUAAUUAAAUACUGUCCAUUGCUCAAGCCUUUUUUUGGUCUCAUUUGCUUAACUCAUUUACACAAAAAAAAAAAUGGGGUGUUGAACUGACAUAAAAAAAUUAUGGAAAGAAUUUGCACCUGAUAAUAUUGCUUUACUUCAGCAUUUAGCAAUUGUGUUCUUUAA